AUGAUGAGCUCGGAGGAAGCCAAAGUGGUUGUGCCAAGGAACUUUAGAUUGUUGGAAGAGCUUGAAAGAGGAGAUAAAGGUAUCGGAGAUGGAACGGUAAGCUAUGGAAUGGAUGAUGCUGAUGAUGAUGAUGAUAUCUAUAUGCAAUCCUGGACUGCCACCAUUCUCGGCCCUCACAAUGGAACUGCAUACGAAGGGAAGAUCUUCCAGCUGAAGCUCUUCUGUGGUAAGGAAUACCCAGAGAGUCCACCAAUUGUGAGGUUCCACACCCGGAUUAACAUGCCUUGUGUUAACCCUGAAACUCGUGUCGUUGAACCGAGUCUCUUCCCUAUGCUCGCUAACUGGCGGCGAGAAUACACAAUGGAGGACAUUCUGGUUAACCUGAAAAAAGAAAUGAUGACUUCACAUAACCGCAAGUUAGCUCAACCCCCCGAAGGUACCGAGGAAGCUAGGCCGGAUCCAAAGGGACCAGCUAAAUGUUGUGUGAUGUGA